AUAUCAAAACAGUUAAAUCAGAUCCUUCACUUUUUCGUGGGCCGCCGCCGGAAGCCGCCGCCUCCUCCACCGGUCCCCAGUGCCCACCCGCAGCAGCAGCCAUCAGCAUUAACCCACUUGCCCCACCCAAAGAUUUACGCAAAAAGCAGCAGCAACAGGCGAUGGAUGGGACGUCAGCGAAUUCUUCCUUUCACGGCGAGCAAGUCAGCCAAGAGGAGGAGGAGGACGACGACGCGUGGGUCCGUCGGCAUCUGUGCUCUCCUCUCUGCCCCGAUCGUCUCUUUUUCUCUCCCUUUCGUCUUUUGCCCCCAACUAGAUCACAGAGCGCGCUCCUAGGAGAAGUACUGCCACCAAGUGUUUGUCAUAUUUCCUGUGCGAAACUCCAUUUCCUCCCAUUUCCCGUUCCUCUUUUUCCUCUGCCCUUCUGGUUGCGUUCCAGCUUCCGGUUGGACCAUGAAUUGUUUGCCUAUUUAUUGGAGAGCGUAUUACGGUUUGCGUAGGAGUCUCUCGGGAAUUUAACAUCGGCAAAAGAUGGCUUUUUUACUCGGGUUCUCUGUUGUUUAGUGGUAUAUGAUCCUUGACAGCGGCUUGGAUGCCGACGCCGGUUGAUAACGCGCGCGCUUGCCUCGCGGCCGAAGCCGCUGCCGCCCUCGACGACGCUGCGGGCGUCGCCCGUCGCCGCGCGCACGUCCAGACCACUUCCCUCCAUGUCGUUUACGCCCUUCUGGCCUCUUCUUCAUCCUCUCCUGGCGGAAGAGGAUCGGGCGGUGGCGGCUCGCCUGCUACGUGUUCGAUUCUCCGUGACGCGCUGUCGCGGACGCGGAGCUCGGCGUACUCCCCCAGGCUGCAGUUCAACGCGCUGGAGCUCUGGUUCGGGUUGGCGCUAGACCGGCUGCCAUCGACUUCUACGACGGCGAGUCGGCAGGCGGCGGAAGGGGGUGAGGAGCCGCCGGUGUCCAACUCGCUCAUGGCGGCGAUCAAGCGGUCGCAAGCGAACCAGCGAAGGAACCCGGACACGUUCCACCUGUAUCAGCAGCAACAGAGCGCUUCCGCGGCUGGCGGUGCAUCGUCGUUCUCCGGUGUGAAGGUGGAGCUCCAGCAUCUAGUGCUUGCGAUCUUGGAUGACCCCGUGGUUAGCCGGGUGUUCGGAGAUGCCGGGUUCCGUAGCACGGACGUAAAGCUAGCCAUCCUCCGCCGUCCGUCGCCCAUCCUCCGCUCUCCCCGCGCCGCAAGGUGCCCACCGCUGUUCCUGUGUAAUUUCUCCUCAGGGGAUGGGUUCGAGGCGCCGUUCACCUCCGGGGGGCUCGUUUUCCCCUUCGCCGCAGCGACGCAGCUCUGCUCCGACGGCAGUGAGGAGAACUGCAGGAGGCUAGGGGAGAUACUUACCCGAAAGAUCAGCGGACGGAACCCUGUGCUGGUCGGUGUAGGCGCGGGCGAGGCAGCUCGGGACUUUGCCCGGGCCGUCGACCGGCAGAACUGGGCCAUUCUACCGGCGGAGCUCCAUGGUAUAAAGUUUAUUAGCAUCGAAAAGGAGGUGGCCGAGCUCGGAAGCUGUGGCUUUGAGCAGUUGACCAUUGCCACCCAAUUGGAGGAGUUGGACGAGAAGGCAGAGUCGUCAGGGGUGGUCUUGAACAUUGGGGACUUGAAAGGAAUUGUGGAAGGCAGCGCUGAAUGCGAAGAACAGGAAAGUUGUUUAGUCUCGGAGCUAACAAGGUUGCUGGAGGAAUACCACGGGAGGUUAUGGGUGAUGGGAUGGUCGGCAACAUAUGAAACAUACAUGAAGUUCUUGUCCAAGCAUCCAAUGCUUGAUAAAGAUUGGGAUUUGCAGUUGUUGCCAAUUACUUCAGUUGGGACUUCGAUGGGUGGAUCACUUCCUAGAUCUCCAAUUUUUUGUAGAGGGAUUUUCCCCACAGCAUAUGGGUCAAAAGGUCUGCUCAGCAGUGUGUAUCCAUCGAUGUUCCACUACGAGCAUUGUUAUGAUUUUGACAAAUAUGAACUUGAAGUUGUAAAUAGUAAUAACUAUCCAUCUUCAGUUGAUAAUGAAGAAAAUGGAAGCAUGCCCUCAUGGCUGCACAAAGCUUCUAAGGUUAACUUGAAUGAUGGACAAGAUACAGCAAAGGCUAAAGAUGAUAAGACAGUUUUUGAUGUUAAAUCUCUUGGUCUUCAAAAACUGUGGAAUAAUAAUUGCGAAAGUCUCCAUUCUGAUUGUCAGAAAACCAAUAUUGAAGAUUAUUCCACUGUUCCUUGUUCUGUUAUUGUUUCUGGCACUGAGAAGAUUUGCAAUGAGAAUAUGGAAAAUUCUGAUGUUGCUUCAAGUCAAAAGGGGUUGGAAAUUUCAUUUCCUAUUUCUGUAUGUGUGGACAAAAUCACCAUUGUAAAUAAGAGUACGACAAUACCUUCACUUGUGUUAUUGGGAGAUGAGGAUUCAUCGAGAUUACCAGGCAGACGCUCGAGAAGUGGACAAUUCCAGAGAGAUGGCUUCCUAUCUCAACAAGAUGAUGACCAUUCUUCACCUUCCACUGCAACAUCAGUUAUGACAGAUUUGGUUUUGGGGAUGCCCCAUGAGACUAUUAACAAUUCUGAAGAGAUCUCUGGUUGUCUGACAUCAAUGAAACCUCAAUUGCUCAAAGAAAGUGGAACAGAUUUGAAACCGCAACAAGAUCAUUUCAAGUUCUCUAGCUGUUUGCCAAUAGUUGAAGUUGAUAUGGUCAAAGGAAAUGAUUUAAAUUUUCCUGUUGAAUCUUUUUAUUGUUCUGCCCAUCAGGAUUCCCAAGCAAAGGGCACCAACCCACUUGUUACUCAUCCAUUCUCACAGAUCUCAGGUGAUUUUAUUUCUUUAUAUGAUAAACCCUUACUCAUCUCGUCGGGUACAUGGCUGACGCUUGGCUUGAGUAAUUACAAAUCAUUUUGUACUAGUCUCAUGAAAAAAGUUGGCCGACAAGAAGAAGCAGUUCGUGCUGUUAGUCAAGCUAUAGUCUGCUACAAGACUAGCGAAAGGCGCCGUGGAGCAAUCCUGAGAGGAGAUGUUUGGCUCAGUUUUGGUGGUCCAGACAAGAUUGGAAAGAGAAAAAUGGCAAUGGCUCUUGCAGAAAUGCUAUUUGGAAGCAAAGAAACUUGUGUGUGCAUUGACCUAAAUUGCCAUGAUAUUAUUCCCCGUGCCAGAACCAUCUUUUCACAGCAAGAUGUCAAGGGGAAUGCACACCAUAGAGGAAAAGUGAAUGUAGAUUUUAUCGCGCAAGAACUAAGCAGGAAACCACAAUCUGUUUUGUUCCUUGAAAAUGUGGAUAAAGCUGACUUGCUUGUUCAGAACAGCUUGUCUCUGGCUUUACGAACUGGCAAGUUUCCUGAUUCCCAUGGAAGGCAAUUUAGUGUAAAUAAUGUUGUAUUUGUCUUGGCUUCGUCGAUAACUCAAGGUAAUACCUCUGAGAGGAAAGAUUACACUAGUAUUUCCGAAGAUGCUAUUCUGGAUGCUUGCUGUUGGCAGAUGAAAAUUCACUUAGAACCUUCCCAAGAGGCUACUCACAGUUCAAAAACUAGUAUGCUCUCCUCUGCGACAAGUCCAAAACUAAAGAGUAGUCAAGUAUACAUAAAUUCACACUUGUUUUCUGUAAGUAAGCGCAAGCUGAACGUCUCUGACAGCUUCAUGACCCAGCAUGGAACCUUGAUGUCUGCAAAAAGGGUGAACAAAAGGCUGUUUUUAGACUUGAAUGUGUCUGUAGAAGAGCUUAAAGCCCAUGAUGACAAUUUCACCAGUCAUGAGUCUUUCAGAUUAGAAACUUCUCAUGGCUGGAUGGAAGACUUGCUCGAACUAGUUGACUUAGUGGUGGACUUCAAGCCCAUUGAUUUUGAUGCCCUUGCCGAUAGCAUAUUGCAGGAUGUAAGCAAGAUCUUUCAGAGUGUUUUUGGCUCAGAUUGCUUGUUGGAGAUAGAUCCCAAGGUUAUGGAGGAGAUAAUUGCAGCAGUAUGGUCGUCGGAGGACAAAGGAGCUUUGAAUAACUGGUUCGAUCAGGUUCUUGGCAAGAGUUUCACUGAGGCAAGGUGCAGGUAUAACCUGGCAAAUCAUAGUAUUCUCAGACUUGUUGCUUGUGAAAAUGCAUUUGUUGAGAAGCAUGUACCCGGAAUUCGCCUUCCUUCAACAAUUAUCCUAAAUUGACAGUUGAUAGUUAUGUAGCAUUAAAUGAUUUGUGAAAUAACUGUAAUGCCAUUAGUCCCAUUGCUUCUGGAGAUUGCCAGGUUAGCUUGUGUUGUGUACAUUAAUAUUUUGCAGUUAAGAAAAGUUUGCUGCAUUUGCUCUGAUAAACUAAUCAGUCUUUUCUG